AACGGAAAUACGGAAUGGAGCGCUAUCGUUACCAAACUCUGGUUUGAAGUGCGCUUGAAGGGUGGCGGACCUGAGACAGCAAACAGCUGAAGCUCAGAGCAGAAUAGUUCGACGAAAAUCCUAAGAGAAGUUUUCAUGGACGAAGACUUCAACCCUUCAACCACUGCGUGUCUCCAUUUGGUCUCUGCUUUCCUCGCUAUGGAACCCACAGAUUGUCUAAUCUCUUUGGCAAGAGAAUGUGGUGGAGGGUCGAUUACAAUGGAAGUUCAGAGUUUCAUUUGGGAGGAAUGUAUAAAUAGAGCUGCGUGCAAUAUUAAUCGGCCGAGCGAUUCAUACAUAAAGAAUUUUCUGAAGAAGGUCAUUGUGGAUGUUGAAUCAAACUGUUCUGAUGUGCUCGAUGGGUUAUAUGAACAAUAUGCGUAUUAUUUGACGGCAUUAAAGGAUGAUAGUUCGAUGAUUGCCAAUAAAAGGGUGUGCAAAAGCAUUUCAUUUCUCUUCCCUGAUGAAGGUCCUAGCCGUCCAACGUCGAAAUUGGUAGUUCCACUGCGAUGUUCUCUUGACAUGCUUGAAGGAGAUACUGGAUGUUCCAUUUGGCCUUCAAGUCUUUUCUUAUCGGAGUUUAUACUUUCUCAUCUUGAGUUAUUCUCUAAUAAAUCGUGUUUUGAGGUUGGUUCGGGUGUUGGUUUAGUCGGCGUGAUUCUUGCCUAUGUGAAAGCCAAGAAGGUGGUACUGAGUGAUGGUGAUUUUUCAAGUUUAGCAAAUCUGAAGCUUAAUUUGGAAAUGAACCAGUUGAUCACAGGAACAGAUAUGCCAGACAGGACACUCCAAGAUCCAAAUUUGAUGGAGUGCAUACAUUUGUCAUGGGAAUCAGCAUCAGAAAGUCGACUUCGAGCUUUCAGGCCCGAUAUAGUGUUGGGAGCAGAUGUAAUUUAUGAUCCAAUAUGCGUGCCACAUCUAAUUCGAGUACUUGCCAUUUUCUUGAACCCGGAUAAAUCAAAUCCCUGUCAAAGAAGAGGUGCUCCUGAUGAUAAUGAUCUUGCAUUUGGUUCAUGUCUAGGAAGAACAGUCUAUGGUGAUGCUUCAAACACUAAAUCUCAGUUUGAUACUUCAAAGAAAGGCACGGUGGCUUAUAUAGCUACUGUAAUACGCAAUCUAGACACAUUUCAUUGCUUCCUCAAACUAUCAAGUGAAAAUCAUCUCUCUGUUGUAGAUAUAACUGAAACUCAGAAGCCAUUGGAAUUGCUCCCAUACAUGCAAUCAUACAAUCGCUCCAGUAUACGACUAUUUUCUAUUUCCUUUUCAGGUGAUCAAAAUUCCGGCAUGGUUGCUGGAUGACCGUAAAUCUGGAUCCAAGAAUUUUGAAACCUCUUUUUUUGGAUCAUAUCUUUUAAUUUGAUCCAUGUUUUUAGCUCUUUAUGUUGUAGUUUA